AUGACAGAAGUAGUUGCAGGAUACGAAAUUUGCCCGUCGUGGGCCUCAGUUUUUGGCUACCUUGGUGCUAGUGGUUGCAUGAUUCUCUCCAGUUGGGGGUCUGCAUGGGGAACGUGGCGAGCAGGACUUGGAGUAUGUCAGAUGGGUGUUGACCAUCCUAAAGGUGUUAUCAAGAACAUUGUUCCUAUUGUCAUGGCGGGUGUUCUAGGUAUCUAUGGACUUAUCGUUUCCGUGAUCAUAACACAGGCUGUGUCAAGCCCUGGUCAAGAUGGCUACAAUACGUACAGUUUAUAUAAUGGAUAUACGCACUUGGCUGCUGGGCUAUGCUGUGGGCUCUCAUGUUUGGCAGCUGGAGGAACAAUUGGUUUGAUUGGAGAUGCUGGUGUUCGAGGCUUCGGUUUGAAGGCUGAGCGAGGACGAAAAUGGUUUUGGGUUGAAGGUGAAGGUGAAGAUGAUGCUGGCGGUGCAGAAUUCGGAGGAGCAAGGGCUCUCGAAGACGCUAACAAGUUGUAUGUUGGUAUGCUAAUUAUGUUGAUUUUCUCAGAAGCUCUUGCGCUAUACGGCCUUAUUGUCGCCCUCAUUCUGAGCCAGCACAACUACACAUGUGGAUAA